CGCGCGCCUGCCGGCCAGCUUUCCUUUCUCCUUAGGGAUCUUUGCCUUGCUCCGGCUUCCUCGCCGUCCCAGACUGGCCUUAGUGGUGCUGCUGCUGGUGCGCUUGCUGGAGGCGGCGGAGGAGGCGUCUGUGGGCGACUCGAGUCGUCCAGCAAUUCUCAUCUCGAGCCUGGGAUUUGCUAAAAGCUUCGGCCCAGAAGAAGACGACGACGAAGGCGGCGAUCAGGGAGGGCGAAGGGGGGAAAACAGAGAGAGCGACGCGCGCUUGCAAAAGGGAGCCGAUAACGGGUUAUGGAGUCCAACUGUCGUAAACUUGUAUCGGCUUGCGUUCAGUUAGGGGUACAACCUUCUGCUGUUGAAUGUCUUUUCUCCAAAGACUCUGAUAUUAAAAAAGGAGAAUUCAAUGAUUCUCCAGAGAGCAGGAAGGAAGCUUCUAGCAGCAAACUAUUCGGAAGGCAACACCCCAGCGCCAAUGAAAAAGACAAAAGCCAGCCCAGCAAGAAUGAGGACACGAGCGCCGAAGAUCCGUCCAAGAAGAAGCGGCAGCGGCGGCAGCGGACGCACUUCACCAGCCAGCAGCUCCAGGAGCUAGAGGCCACUUUCCAAAGGAACCGCUACCCGGACAUGUCGACUCGGGAGGAGAUCGCCGUCUGGACCAACCUCACCGAGGCCAGAGUCAGGGUUUGGUUCAAGAACCGCAGGGCCAAGUGGCGGAAACGCGAGCGGAAUCAGCAGGCGGAGCUGUGCAAGAACGGCUUCGGGCCGCAAUUCAACGGGCUGAUGCAGCCUUACGACGACAUGUACCCGGGCUAUUCCUACAACAACUGGGCCGCCAAGGGCCUGACGUCGGCGUCGCUCUCCACCAAGAGCUUCCCCUUCUUCAACUCCAUGAACGUCAACCCGCUCUCGUCGCAGAGCAUGUUCUCGCCGCCCAACUCCAUAUCGUCCAUGAGCAUGUCUUCCAGCAUGGUGCCCUCGGCGGUCACCGGCGUGCCCGGCUCCGGCCUCAACAGCCUGAACAACUUGAACAACCUGAGCAACCCCUCCCUCAACUCGGCCGUGCCCACACCCGCCUGCCCGUACGCCCCGCCGACCCCUCCUUACGUUUACCGGGACACGUGUAACUCUAGCCUGGCGAGCCUGAGACUCAAAGCCAAGCAGCACUCCAGCUUCGGCUACGCCAGCGUCCAGAACCCGGCCUCCAAUCUGAGCGCCUGCCAGUACGCCGUGGACAGGCCCGUGUGAGAGAGAGACAGGAAGGCCUGCCGCCUUUCGUCCCUUGUUUUGUUGUUGUUGUGGUUGCGUUCAGAAAACAAACAACUCCCCCCCACCCAUUUUUUUAAAAAUCCCAGAGACACAGGAACAAGCAGGCGCACAAUUCUGAAUGGAGGAGGGAGGAGGCCUCGCUUCCGCAAUCAAAGGACUUGAACGUUCGAAUCCAAAGUAAAUGGGCACUAAUGGAACGGGAGAGGGUAACAGCUAAGUGACUUCGGAAUUGAGACAAAAUAUAAACCAGAAAGAGAAGGGUUAGGGAGAGGCACAAGAGAUACCACUGAAACUAGCGAGUCCCUUUGUUUUCAAAGGAUAUUCUCCUGCUACCUUUCACUGAAGAAAAAAAAGUAUUUCCAACAUCUCCAAGGACAUAUAUUAUAAAUAUAUAUAAAAUACGGACAAACGUUUGAAUCGCUAUACUAUGACAUUUUAAUGUUCCUAUAAGCUUGUUAUUUUUUAUGUUUAGCAUUGUUAACAUUAAAAUAAAAAAAUGACGGGAAAGGAUGUAUAUAUAUAUCGAAAUGUCAAAUUAAUUUUAUAAAAGCAGUUCUUAGUAAAUAUCCACAGUGUUUUUAAAAGUUAGGCUUUAAAAUAAAGCAUGUUACACAAGACAUUAGGGAUUUCUUUUCUUUUUCUUUUUUUCCGCUUGCGAGCAAGGGAAUGUAUAUACUAAAUGCGAGACUGUAUGUUUCUAACAUAUUAUUAAUUAUUAUUAUUAAAGAAGAAGAAGAAGUCCCAUUGUGUGAAUAUCGGUUUUAGAAUAGUACCUCUGGUGGAUGCAAUGGCGACGCUGAAACUGCAAUGUAAACAUACCCUGUGUAUAACAUUUCGUAUAAUAGUGUUUUCCUUUUCUGACAACAUUGGAAAAAUGUGUUUUCUUUCAUGGGAGUAAAAUAUACUGCAUACAGUUUGGUCUGGAUUUUUUUUUAAUCCGUUCAAGCGCAUCGCCACAUAUUGUCCGGCUGCUGAUCCCCAGCCUCCCUUCUUAUGUGUGCGGAUGAAACCUCCUUGCUCACCUCGCUACGUAUACAACCACAAACAAAAGUCCAUUGUUACUAGCAAAUACUUAUUCUACGGCCUUUCAUUUUUAGUCUUGUCGGUGCAAUCCUAUGUAUGUCUACUGAGACGGAAGCCCAGCUGAGUUAAAUGGAGCUGUGCACAGGAUUGCAGCCCAAAUAUGUCG